AUGAGAUUGCGUGAUCUUGAAUGCAGGGGCAAGGGCUUGAGCUUGCUGUGGUUCGGCGUCUCCCCUAUUGGGUGGUGGAAUUCUCUGCACACGGACGUGCAGGACAAUGUCCUGAUUGAGCUGGUUUCGCCAACGAACGUGUAUGUCUUCCCUCGUGAGUUGUUCCUGAAGACGCCUCCCGAUGUCAACAUUACGGGGGAGUAUCACAAGAUCAGGUUAGAGCCAGGACAAGGGGUGGCCAUCCCCAGCAACUUCCUCCACACAGUGGAGCACCUGGAGGAGUUCUUUCUGCACUUGGCCAUGAGAUCCUUGUGGUUCGCAUCGGCAGGGAAGCUCUGGGACAGGCUGGCGAGCUGUCACCGCUGUCGUAUUCAGCUGGAACAUGUACGGGCAGGUACAAAAUUGGCAUGGCAAUGUAUCUUGGUAACAUCUGGCCCAGCCUCAUAG